ACAGAUUACCCGCCAGUUAUGGGACUCCCCCAACAUUUUGGCAUGGUGGAGAGGGAGCCAAGAGAGGAAGAAUUCAGUUAAUUAGGGCAACCAUGAGAAAGAUACGAGACGACGGGGACUGGGCUUCUUGCUUGAUCAGGAAGAGAGAGAACGAUGUGGAUGCCCAGAAAUGGAGACAGGAAGCAGCAGCAGCAGCAUCAGCAGCAGGUGGUGGAUCGCCUGGUGGCAGUGGCUGUAGACAGGGACAGAGGCAGCCAUAACGCUCUCAAAUGGGCAAUCGACAAUCUCCUCAGCAGCGGCCAAACUGUGGUUUUGAUUCAUGUCACGGUUCAUUUUUCAGCCUCCUCCUAUCAAUCUUCUCCGUCUCUCUCUUCCCAGCCAAGUAAAAGAUUCAGCGAGCCUUUUGAUAUCAUUGGCAGAACUAGGUCAGUGCAUGAAUAUACUGAUUCACAAGCAAAGGAAUUCUUCCUUCCAUUCCGUUGUUUUUGUAUACGUAAAGAUAUCCAAUGCCUAGACGUGGUGUUAGAAGAUUCUGACAUAGUCAAAGCUUUGGUCGAAUAUGUUACGCAAUCAGCUAUAGAGGUUCUUGUGCUUGGAGCCCCCUCAAAAAAUGGGUUUCUCAGAAAGCUCAAAGCAACAGAUAUUCCAGGCAGUGUCUCAAAACGAGUCCCAGAUUUUUGCACUGUUUUUACCAUCUAUAAAGACAAGGUUUCAUCAACACGAUGUGCAACACGUACAGCACCAGCUGUCUCCCCACUCCGUAACCUUAUUCUGCAGCAAGCCGGCAUAAAAAAGGACCAAUCUGAGACAGCAUUAAGCCCUGUCAUUGAUAUGAAAGGUGAUCUGAGGCUGUCAUCUGAGCCAUCAUUGCAUAACAUACAUAGUGAGACAGACUUCAUCAAGUUACCCUUCACUCACAGGAAAUACCCACAUGGCAAGUCUUAUGGGGAACUCUCGCCAGCAAAUACAGAUAUAUCCUUUGUCAGCUCUGGCAGAGCAAGCAUAGAUCACUCCUUUCCUUCAUGCUUUGACAGCUUUGAGAGCCGGUCACCGCGGUUGUCAAGCUACUCAGAGUUUGACCGCCCUAGCUUUGAGUCAUUGCACCUUGGACACAGAUCUUCCGUUGAUACAGUUACACCAACUGGAUUCUCAUUGAUCUUCCCUGACAGUGAUAUAUCAUCUUCAUCACAAACAAUGGAAGAUAUUGAAGCUGAAAUGAGAAGGCUUAAGCUGGAGCUCAGGCAAACAAUGGACAUGUACAGUACAGCGUGCAAAGAAGCACUCAUGGCAAAACAAAAGGCAAAGGAGCUUGAGCGCUGGAGAAUGGAAGAAGAAAAGAAACUAGAAGAGAUGAGACUAGCUGAGGAAGCAGCAUUAGCAAUUGUAGAAGAGGAAAGGGAAAAAUCCAGGGCAGCCAUUGAGGCUGCUGAAGUACAUCAGAAGAUUGCAGAACUGGAAGCACAAAAGAGGAUAAAUGCAGAAAAGAGAGCACUUAAAGAGGUGGCAGAAAGGAACAGGGUGCUAAACAACCUUGCACAAUCAGAUUCCCGAUACAGGAGGUAUACAAUAGAGGAGAUAGAAGUUGCAACCGAUUGCUUCUCAGAGUCUCGUAAAAUUGGAGAAGGAGGUUACGGGUCAGUCUUCAAAUGUCAUCUUGACCACACACCAGUUGCAGUUAAGGUUCUCCGUCCAGAUGCAGCUCAAGGAAGAUCACAGUUCCAGCAAGAGAUUGAAGUGCUGAGCUGCAUCCGGCAUCCCAACUUGGUUCUCCUCCUUGGAGCCUGCCCAGAGUAUGGGUGCCUAGUCUACGAGUACAUGUCUAAUGGAAGCUUGGAAGAUCGUCUAUUCCAGAAAGGAAACACCCCACCUCUGUCCUGGCAGCUUAGGUUUCGGAUUGCAGCUGAAAUUAGCACUGCCUUACUUGUGCUCCAUCAGACCAAACCAGAGCCACUGGUGCACCGUGACCUAAAACCUGCCAACAUCUUACUUGACCGCAACUAUGUAAGCAAGAUUAGUGAUGUCGGCUUGGCCAGGCUUGUUCCCCCAUCUGUGGCAGAUAAUGUUACUCAAUAUCGAAUGACAUCAACAGCCGGAACUUUCUGCUAUAUAGAUCCGGAGUAUCAACAAACAGGAAUGCUUGGCGUAAAGUCGGACGUGUACUCUCUAGGGAUCAUGCUUUUACAGAUAAUAACAGCCAAACCACCAAUGGGUUUGACUUACCACGUUGAACGCGCUAUUGAAAAAGGGACUUUUGCUGAGAUGCUGGACCCCGCAGUACUUGAUUGGCCUAUUGAAGAAGCCUUGUCAUUUGCCAAGAUAGCGCUUAAGUGUGCGGAGCUAAGACGGAAAGACAGACCGGAUCUGGACAAGGUUGUCUUGCCAGAACUUGAAAGAUUGAGAGAAAUUGCUGAAGACAACAUGGUGCCCUCAACAUUCGGCGGCGCCAAUGCUGUAGGCUCAGCUAACCGCAGCCAAGCCUCCAUUAGUCAAGUAAGUAGAGAGAGAUUACAUAAGCUCAUACGCCCUUUUAUGUUUUAUUGCCGUACUUCCUCAACUGCAGAUUCACCAACUUCUCAUUCAUUUCUCACCUUGUGAGAAAAGAAAAAAUGGACUGGUAAUAUAAUAUUCUAUCAACCUGGAAACCAGCCUCUAGUGGGUGGGUUGAUCACUUGAUCUGCUUUUGAACUAUCACGUAAAAGUGCCACGUUUACCCAUCCCAUUAGAUAUCUCAUCUCAUCCAUAUAUAUUCAGCUUAAGACAGAACACUGAACUAGGAGGAAAAAUCAGAGGCCAAUUGUUUUAAUUUUGCGUAAACCAUAUAUUAUUCUAGACAGUGACAUCCAACAACUCAUGCUCUAGACUUAAAAACGACUAGACUAUAUAGACCCUGGUGCACAACUACUUCAGAGAAGAUGAUAAGAACAACUUGAAUUCAUAUUAUUUUGUCCAGCGUUUUAACAUUUGUUAGCACAUCUACCUGAUUCAGUGUCAUAACUGGUAAUGAAAAAUUUCUAGGAAAAAUAACCGUUAAUAAAAUACUUAGGAUCAGGGGGCAAAUUUAUGUGUGAAGUUCAAGACAGCCCGAAAUUUAAAUUUUGAAGGUAAUUUUUCAGCCCAACUUCAAUUCAGCCCAGUUCAAUUUUUUUCAGCCCACUCCAACCUAAAUUUCUAAAUUAGCCCCUGCUUAGGAUAGUAUUACUUAUUGGAACUGUUACUGCUCCGUACAUCGGAUUGGAAGCAAAAUGUUCCCAAGAAUCCUUCGAAACAAAAGGCCGAAGUUGAAUUGUUUUUACUUGUGAAAGAAAUAAUAGUGGUGCUACUUUCCUGGAUAGCAUGCCCCCCACACACACCUUUUUUUUUUUUUUUUCUGGGCUAUCAAUGAAAACCCGCGACCAUUGCCCAUUAUGUGUAUACUGGGUAAAAUAACCGAGCACACACAUGCAUAGCAUGUCAUUACAUCAUCUAGUUAUUAUUUUGCUCCGUCAUUUUGCAAAAAUUAACAUGG